CCUCCACGUGAAAAUAUCCUCUGCCGUCCGAUGCUCGUCGCACCGCGCAUCCGCGGCAGACAAUCAUUACUCCCACUCAUCCUUCGGUUAACCUCUGAAAACCUGAGAAUGGAUUAUUGUCCUCCGGAUGAGGCCUUGACAAAGAGAGCUACUUAACAGCUUGAAGAACAAACCAUAUAAUUAAUUGCAGGGACAAAUCAAUGUUCUUUUCUUCAAUCCUGAACCUCUUCAGGAAAUGGCUACACCGUUUCUAGCUGGACUUGCUAUAGCAGGUGCUGCUCUUGCUGGAAGAUAUGGAAUUCAAGCUUGGCAAGCAUUCAAGGCUCGGCCUCCUACACCUAAGAUCCGCAAGUUCUAUGACGGUGGGUUCCAACCUACAAUGACCAAAAGGGAAGCAGCUCUUAUUCUUGGCAUUAGGGAAAAUGCAACUCCAGACAAGGUUAAGGAAGCUCACAGAAGGGUGAUGGUUGCAAACCACCCAGAUGCAGGUGGUAGCCAUUACCUUGCUUCCAAAAUUAAUGAAGCAAAAGAUGUAAUGCUUGGAAAGACGAAGGGAAGUGGAUCGGCCUUCUAAUACAACUGAGUGAGUACCCAAUGCUCCCUAGUCUUCUUUGUCUAAUUAUAGCAAACUGAACUUGAAGCAUAGUUAUCACGGCGUCUAGAUGACCCAAGGCAUUGGAGGGGUCCUGGACGCAAGGCGAUACCAACAAGACGACAUUGGAGACUGUUGAUAUAUGCAUUGAUGUUGCCUUUCACUAAAAGUUUUAGCUUUUAGGUGAAACGGUUGCGAACAUGGUAUCAAAGCAGGGGGAUUGAAUGUUGGACUCUUGGGAAGUGCAUCGGAAGAGUUUCCCUACAUUUCUUCUCCUUCAGUGCCGCUCGAAGAAAAUGUUACGUGAGCUACACAUGCAAGGACCAAGGGAUCUUGGCUAGUGGCUAGUACAAGCGGUGGAUAGCUGAUAGAUACAUUGACACGGCCCUUCCCUAAAAGAUUGAGCUCUUAGGUGAAACAGUAAUGAAAAGAGACCAUGGCGCCUGGACGCCUAGGUGCUGUCUUGACAACUAUGACUCGAAAAGUUUACCACUCCUGUCCACAAUAGGAAAGAGGAGAAGGGUUUUCCUCUGCUAGUUCUCAAUGCAUGUUUGCACAAAGUCUCGGGCAUUUUAUUUGUCAUGCAAAGAGGUUUAUCUAUAUAUUAGAUAUGCGAAAAUCAUUUGAGGUAUGAGCAUGGGAAAUCUGAGGGACUAUAAAUAUUUUUGGUUGGAUACCUACGUCUUCAUUGAAACAUUGAAACAUUGAAACAUUGAAACAUGACAUUAGAGCAAUUGACUUGGUCCACUGGGCAUCCAUUUUUUCCAAGCCUUGGUUUGUUUGUUUCAUUCCAGAUAUGAACAUUCCUCCUAGCUACAACCGAUGUUGGCAGACUGUGAUGAGCUACAUUAAUAUUUGUGGCCUGUAGGUGUGGAUGUAUCAACACAGUCGGUCCCAUGUUAGUAAAAUCAAACCUCUGCUGCAACAUCCAUUUUGAACAGAGCUUCACUUUGUAAUAUUGAUGUUCCCAUUUUACGCUCUCUUUUCUCUGAUAUUGUAAUUCACUCUGUUCUCUUUUAGUAA